AGGAGGGGACACGGAGGCCGCCCUCGCCCCGCCACCCCUCACCCUUUUCCCCCCCGCCCCGGUUCCGGGAGAUGUGCCGGGCGGGGGGCCGGGGUUCGCGGAGCCGCGGGAGAGACGCGCAGGGCCGACCCCGGAGCGGCGCCGGACAGGCCGGUGGGCCGGGCUGUGCUGCCCACCUGCUGAUGCGGGGCAAGGCCCCCUGCACAGGACACUGAGCAACCCGGACCCGCCGCCGGCCGCCGCCAUGGCCCGCCUGGCCGCAGUGCUCUGGAGUCUCUGCAUCACCGCCGUCCUGGUCACCUCAGCCACCCAAGGCCUGAGCCGGGCCGGGCUCCCAUUCGGGCUGAUGCGCCGGGAGCUGGCGUGCGAAGGCUACCCCAUCGAGCUGCGGUGCCCGGGCAGCGACGUCAUCAUGGUGGAGAACGCCAACUACGGGCGCACAGAUGACAAGAUCUGCGACGCUGACCCCUUCCAGAUGGAGAACGUGCAGUGCUACCUGCCCGACGCCUUCAAGAUCAUGUCACAGAGGUGUAACAACCGUACCCAGUGCGUGGUGGUUGCCGGCUCGGACGCCUUUCCCGACCCCUGCCCUGGAACUUACAAGUACCUGGAGGUGCAGUACGACUGUGUCCCCUACAUCUUCGUGUGCCCAGGGACCCUGCAGAAGGUGUUGGAGCCCACCUCCACGCAUGAGUCAGAACACCAGUCUGGCGCCUGGUGCAAGGACCCACUGCAGGCUGGCGACCGUAUCUACGUCAUGCCCUGGAUCCCCUACCGCACGGACACGCUGACCGAGUACGCCUCGUGGGAGGAUUACGUGGCUGCGCGUCACACCACCACCUACCGCCUGCCCAACCGCGUGGACGGCACAGGCUUCGUGGUCUACGACGGCGCCGUCUUCUACAACAAGGAGCGCACGCGCAACAUCGUCAAGUACGACCUGCGCACACGCAUCAAGAGCGGGGAGACGGUCAUCAACACGGCCAACUACCACGACACCUCACCCUACCGCUGGGGGGGCAAGACCGACAUCGACCUGGCCGUGGACGAGAACGGGCUGUGGGUCAUCUACGCCACCGAGGGCAACAACGGGCGCCUGGUGGUGAGCCAGCUCAACCCCUACACGCUGCGCUUUGAGGGCACAUGGGAGACCGGCUACGACAAGCGCUCAGCGUCCAAUGCCUUCAUGGUAUGCGGAGUUCUGUACGUGCUGCGCUCCGUGUACGUGGACGACGACAGCGAGGCGGCCGGCAACCGCGUGGACUAUGCCUUCAACACCAAUGCCAACCGUGAGGAGCCCGUGAGCCUAGCCUUCCCCAACCCCUACCAGUUCGUGUCCUCCGUGGACUACAACCCUCGCGACAACCAGCUCUACGUCUGGAACAACUACUUUGUGGUGCGCUACAGCCUGGAGUUCGGGCCGCCAGACCCCAGUGCCGGCCCAGCCACUUCCCCACCUGUCAGCACGACCACCACAGCCCGACCCACACCCCUCACCAGCACAGCCUCACCUGCAGCCACCACCCCACUCCGCCGAGUGCCCCUCACCACACACCCUGUGGGUGCCAUCAACCAGCUGGGACCUGACCUGCCUCCAGUCACAGCCCCGGCCCCCAGCACCCGGCGACCCCCAGCCCCCAACCUGCACGUGUCUCCAGAGCUCUUCUGUGAACCCAGAGAGGUGCGGCGGGUCCAGUGGCCAGCCACCCAGCAGGGCAUGCUGGUUGAGAGGCCCUGCCCCAAGGGGACCCGAGGAAUUGCCUCCUUCCAGUGUCUACCAGCCCUGGGGCUCUGGAACCCCCGGGGCCCUGACCUCAGCAACUGCACCUCCCCCUGGGUCAACCAGGUGGCCCAGAAGAUCAAGAGCGGGGAGAAUGCAGCCAAUAUCGCCAGCGAGCUGGCCCGUCACACCCGAGGCUCCAUCUACGCGGGUGACGUGUCCUCCUCCGUGAAGCUGAUGGAGCAGCUGCUGGAUAUCCUGGAUGCCCAGCUGCAGGCCUUGCGGCCCAUCGAACGCGAGUCAGCUGGCAAGAACUACAACAAGAUGCACAAGCGGGAGAGAACCUGCAAAGACUACAUCAAGGCCGUGGUGGAGACCGUGGACAACCUGCUGAGGCCAGAGGCCCUGGAAUCCUGGAAGGACAUGAAUGCUACGGAGCAGGUGCACACGGCCACCAUGCUCCUGGACGUCCUGGAGGAGGGUGCCUUCCUGCUGGCCGACAACGUCAGGGAGCCCGCCCGCUUCCUGGCUGCCAAGCAGAAUGUGGUCCUGGAGGUGACAGUCCUCAACACUGAGGGCCAAGUGCAGGAGCUGGUGUUCCCCCAGGAGUACCCAAGCGAGAACUCCAUCCAGCUGUCCGCCAAUACCAUCAAGCAGAACAGCCGCAAUGGUGUGGUCAAAGUCGUCUUCAUCCUCUACAACAACCUGGGCCUCUUCCUGUCCACCGAGAACGCCACGGUCAAGCUGGCGGGUGAAGCAGGUUCGGGCGGCCCGGGCGGCGCCUCCCUCGUGGUGAAUUCACAGGUCAUCGCGGCAUCAAUCAACAAGGAGUCCAGCCGCGUCUUUCUCAUGGACCCGGUCAUCUUCACCGUGGCCCACCUGGAGGCCAAGAACCACUUCAAUGCUAACUGCUCCUUCUGGAACUAUUCGGAGCGUUCCAUGCUGGGCUACUGGUCAACCCAGGGCUGCCGCCUGGUGGAGUCCAACAAGACCCAUACCACGUGUGCCUGCAGCCACCUCACCAACUUUGCCGUGCUGAUGGCUCACCACGAGAUCUACCAGGGCCGCAUCAACGAGCUGCUGCUGUCGGUCAUCACCUGGGUGGGCAUCGUGAUCUCCCUCGUCUGCCUGGCCAUCUGCAUCUCUACUUUCUGCUUCUUGCGGGGGCUGCAGACCGACCGCAACACCAUCCACAAGAACCUGUGCAUCAACCUCUUCCUGGCCGAGCUGCUCUUCCUGGUUGGGAUAGACAAGACUCAGUAUGAGAUCGCCUGCCCCAUCUUCGCUGGCUUGCUGCACUACUUCUUCCUGGCCGCCUUCUCCUGGCUGUGCCUGGAGGGUGUGCACCUCUAUCUGCUGCUGGUGGAAGUGUUUGAGAGCGAGUACUCCCGCACCAAGUACUACUACCUGGGCGGCUACUGCUUCCCGGCGCUGGUGGUGGGCAUCGCGGCUGCUAUCGACUACCGCAGCUACGGCACCGAGAAGGCCUGCUGGCUCCGAGUGGACAACUACUUCAUCUGGAGCUUCAUUGGGCCAGUCUCCUUUGUUAUCGUGGUGAACCUGGUGUUCCUCAUGGUGACCCUGCACAAGAUGAUCCGGAGCUCGUCUGUGCUCAAGCCCGACUCCAGUCGCCUCGACAACAUUAAAUCCUGGGCCCUGGGGGCCAUCGCGCUGCUCUUCCUACUGGGCCUCACCUGGGCUUUCGGCCUGCUCUUCAUCAAUAAGGAGUCAGUGGUCAUGGCCUAUCUCUUCACCACCUUCAACGCCUUCCAGGGGGUCUUCAUCUUUGUGUUUCACUGCGCCUUACAAAAGAAGGUGCACAAGGAGUACAGCAAGUGCCUGCGCCACUCCUACUGCUGCAUCCGCUCCCCACCCGGGGGCGCUCACGGCUCACUCAAGACCUCAGCCAUGCGGAGCAACACCCGCUACUACACGGGGACCCAGAGCCGAAUCCGGAGGAUGUGGAACGACACCGUGAGGAAACAGACGGAGUCCUCCUUCAUGGCAGGCGACAUCAACAGCACCCCCACCCUGAACAGAGGUACCAUGGGGAACCACCUGCUGACCAACCCCGUGCUACAGCCCCGUGGGGGCACCAGCCCCUACAAUACCCUCAUUGCCGAGUCAGUGGGCUUCAAUCCCUCCUCGCCCCCCGUCUUCAACUCCCCAGGGAGCUACCGGGAACCCAAGCACCCUCUGGGAGGCCGGGAAGCCUGCGGCAUGGACACACUGCCCCUCAAUGGCAACUUCAACAACAGUUACUCCUUGCGAAGUGGGGAUUUCCCUCCCGGGGAUGGGGCCUCCGAGCCACCCCGCGGCCGGAACCUGGCCGAUGCUGCCGCCUUCGAGAAAAUGAUCAUCUCAGAGCUGGUGCACAACAACCUGCGGGGCGGCGGCAGUGGCGCCAAGGGCCCCCCACCGCCCGAACCCCCCGUGCCGCCUGUGCCAGGGGGCGGUGGCGAGGAAGAAGCAGGCGGGCCCGGGGGUGCUGACCGGGCAGAGAUCGAACUUCUCUACAAGGCCCUGGAGGAGCCGCUGCUGCUGCCCCGGGCCCAGUCGGUGCUGUACCAGAGUGAUCUGGAGGAGUCGGAGAGCUGCACUGCGGAGGACGGGGCCACCAGCCGGCCCCUCUCCUCCCCUCCGGGCCGGGACUCCCUCUAUGCCAGCGGGGCCAACCUGCGGGACUCGCCCUCCUACCCGGACAGCAGCCCCGAGGGGCCCAGUGAGGCCCUGCCCCCACCCCCGCCUGCACCCCCCGGUCCCCCUGAAAUCUACUACACCUCGCGCCCACCGGCCCUAGUGGCCCGGAACCCCCUGCAGGGCUACUACCAGGUGCGGCGGCCCAGCCACGAGGGCUACCUGGCGGCCCCAGGCCUCGAGGGGCCAGGGCCCGAUGGGGAUGGGCAAAUGCAGCUGGUCACCAGUCUCUGAGGGACCUCAUGGACCAGGGGCUGGUGGCCCAGGCCAGGGAGGGUACCCUGGGUGGGGCUCUGGUGGGAGAGGGAGACUCACGGAGGCAGUGGCUGGUGGGCCACUCUCUCCAGGUACCUGUCGGCCGCGGGCCCUCUAGGCCCCUCAGGAGCUCUGCCGUGGGGGCCUGUGGUGCAGGGUUCACGGACGGGGCUUCCUACCAGCCACGUGCACCAGCCGGAGUUGGGGGAAAUGCGGUGAGGAGGAGCCAAGAGGUCCCCAAGGGAAGAAGGAAGGAGAAAUUGGAUGGGUACAGCCCACUCUCUACUUCCCCCUCUCCCCUACCUUCCUACCCCCUGGAGGGAAAUGAGGGCUUUGGUUUCCUUGGGCCAAGGGCCCUGCUGCGUGGAACCUGUCAGCUGCUCCACUCUCUGCAGCCAGAAAUGCUGCCAGCUGCACCAGGAAGGAGCAGUGGGAGCAGACAGACAGACAGACAGGUUCCUCCUGUACUACAGUUCCCUGCUCCUUGGAGACUGGGGCCUCUGGCCCAAGAGAAGGCCCCAGGGCAAGAGAAAUGGGCGAUUGUGGCUGCUGGUUUAAAGGUGGAACUUUCUCUGAAGCUCCUUCCCUCUGCUCUUCGUCCUUGCCUCCCCAGCAAGCCUGCCCGUCAGCCUCCUCAAGUGCACCCAGUGACCCCCUCCCUUGGGGUGGCUCCUGAUGAAGCACAACUCCCCGCAGGCCCCCAGCCCACGGGCGUGGCCAUAUUUGGGCAAUUCCUAGUCCUGUGGGCUCGGCUGUCUGGGGAGCAGAUUUUGGGUCUGGAUCUCCCUGGGGAGUGGGUCCUGGGCUUGGAUCUUUCCCUAGGGGGCCAUCUUACCACUUCCUUUCUCCUCCUCCUCCUCCCCUAUUGCUGUAAAUAUUUCAACGAAAUGGAAAAGAAAAAAAAAAAGACAAAAAAAAAAAAAAA